AUGGCAUCAGGGAAAGUCGACAAGACUAACCCUCGCACAUCAGAGCCGCUGAUGGAGAAGGGAGCAGAAGCCAGGGAGCAGGAUGUUGCAGAGCGGCCAAAAGUUCAUAUAACGAAGAUUCGAGAUUCACUGGCUGGUGGUUUGCACAGCGUCAAAAACGAGGAUUACUUCCACGGUUUUCUACCGAAGGAGCAGGCUGCCAAUCUUCUAAUCCGGGUUGGUGACUUUCUGGUCAGGCAAGCUGUGAAACUUGAGCUGAAAUCAUUCGCUGCGGAGCAGUUUAUCAUUUCCGUUCGGAAGUUAACCUCGGAUGGAAGCCAUAGUAAAAUAAUCUCGAAAAUAAACGACGAAUUGAAAAAGUCUACAGGGGAUGAUGAACAGGAAGUUGACGUGAGAUUUAUUGAUCGUGACAUGGUCCUUUCGGCAAUCUGUAGUAGAGCUUAUCAUCGAGUUCCAGUGAGUAUAUUUUCAGGACUGAUAGAAUAUCAUCGUCGAAAUCGUAUCCCUUUUGACGAGGAAGGGACAGUGAUAAAACGAGCGAUCAAGCGAGCCGAUUGGCAACUGAAUCACGAGCAAAUAUUCAAAACCAAAAAACUCGGCGAUGGAGCAUUCGGUGAUGUUUACAAAGGUUUACUCUAUACUGGCCUGAUUGAAUCUAAGGAAUGUGCAAUCAAAACAAUCCUCGGAACGGUCUCAACAGAAGAAAAUGAGAAACUGUUCAGGGAAGCGAUGCUCAUGAAGAGGCUAGUGCAUCCUAAUGUGGUCAUGCUGCUCGGAGUCGCCUCAAAUGAAGAGCCCGUAAUGAUCGUCAUGGAAUUUGCGCAAGGUGGAUCCGUUCUUGACGCCGUACAACAAAAACCAGGGCCAUCCGCCUACGUCCGUAUCAAGUACUGCAGCCAUGCUGCUAUGGGCCUCAACUAUCUUAAUAAACAGGGGAUCAUCCACCGAGAUGUUGCAGCUCGAAACUGUCUGAUUGGCAAGCAUGAUAUUGCUAAGAUCUCCGACUUUGGAUUGAGUAUAGUAGGAACUCAGAAGAAGGAGAAGACACUCAAGAAGGUGACUGCCAUAUCAGGCUGCUCAAAAAGACGGGGCUACACGGAAAAGACG